CCCUCCCCGCCCCGGACAAGGCGUUUAACGUGCCCAGGCGUGAAGUAUGGCAUGCAAAGAUGGUUUCUGCCAAGGAGCCAGCCAUCGCCAUGUCCUCGGGUCUCUCCAUCGCCCUCCUGCACUGCCUGUGCCUGGCGACCUGUCUCACCGGGCCGCCAGGGCAGACCAAAAAAGAGGAGAAAUUGUGGCCGGAGAAUUUUACCAACAUCCUGAACAGCCUCCUGGAUGGCUAUGACAACCGGCUGCGACCGGGAUUCGGGGGUCCUGUUACUGAAGUCAAAACAGAUAUAUAUGUCACCAGUUUUGGACCUGUUUCUGAUGUAGAAAUGGAAUAUACAAUGGAUGUCUUCUUUCGUCAGACAUGGGUAGAUAAAAGAUUAAAAUAUGAUGGCCCUAUUGAAAUUUUAAGACUUAACAACUUGAUGGUUUCGAAGGUAUGGACUCCUGAUACUUUCUUCAGGAAUGGGAAAAAGUCUGUUGCACAUAAUAUGACAGCCCCAAAUAAACUCUUCAGAAUAAUGAGAAAUGGCACCAUCCUGUACACAAUGAGGCUUACAAUAAGUGCAGAGUGUCCCAUGAGAUUAGUGGAUUUUCCCAUGGAUGGUCAUGCUUGUCCUCUCAAAUUUGGGAGUUAUGCUUAUCCAAAGAGUGAAAUGAUUUAUACCUGGACAAAAGGACCUGAGAAGUCAGUGGAAGUUCCUGAGGAGUCUUCCAGUUUAGUUCAGUAUGACCUGCUUGGGCAUACGGUAUCCUCUGAAACUAUAAAAUCUAUUACAGGUGAAUAUAUUGUUAUGACAGUUUAUUUCCAUCUGAGACGGAAAAUGGGUUAUUUUAUGAUUCAAACCUACAUCCCCUGCAUUAUGACCGUGAUCCUCUCUCAAGUUUCAUUUUGGAUAAAUAAGGAAUCAGUACCUGCUAGAACUGUUUUUGGAAUAACCACAGUGUUGACAAUGACGACGCUGAGCAUCAGUGCAAGACAUUCACUGCCAAAAGUAUCCUAUGCUACUGCCAUGGACUGGUUCAUAGCAGUUUGCUUUGCCUUUGUGUUCUCUGCUCUGAUUGAGUUUGCUGCUGUCAACUAUUUCACUAACAUUCAAAUGGAAAGAGCCAAAAGGAAGACGGUCAAGUCCCUUCUUGAAUUCCCAGUUGCUCCAGUACAAAGGAAAAGAAGUACAGAAGAGACAUUCACGAGUACAGAUGCCAAUUCAAAUGUGAGGAAAAGAACAAAUGCCACAGUACAGUCUGAAGCUGAUGGUGGGAGCCGAAUUGACACAAGGCACAGCUCUGUCCAGCCUCCCUCUGUAGCUCAGGGGUCUUCUGACAUUACCCCCCACUCCCUUUCUGCAUCAAGUCCCAACCCUUUCACACGAAUCAACGCAUCAGAGACAUUAUCCUCUGCAAGAGCUACACCUCCAGCUCCUCCUUCUACCCCAAUUUUAACUGGAUUUGUAUCCCAGCAUGCCACAGCUGGAUCCCCUUCCAUUCAGCACUUGCUUGGAUCUAGACUGGAGCAGAUUCAGACCACCACACCUAGUACAUUAGGAGCAUCUGCAAAGCCAUCUGCUGUCACACCACCUCCUCCCCCCGCCUCCCACUCUGGCACGAGUAAGAUAGACAAAUAUGCACGCAUUUUAUUUCCUGUUACCUUUGGAGCAUUUAACAUGGUCUACUGGGUGGUGUAUCUAUCCAAGGAUACCAUGGAAAAAUCAGAAAGUCUAAUGUAGUUUUGCUGCUAUGUAGUAGUUCCUAAAUUAUACUCACAUUUGAUGCAGAGUUUCUUCUUUUGAAACUAUUUAAAAAGGUCAGUAAUUCUUAUUUAUAAAAGCUGUGUGGUACUUUCCCGUUCUAAAGGCUGGAUUUACUGGGGAUAAUUUGUUAACUCUUAACAGAGUAAUGGGUAACAGUAAUGGGUCUUCCUCCCUUCAGCCAGCAAUGAACCAACACUUGCUUGAUUUAAGCUACUCUGGCUGCACAGAACUUGCAAUUGGAAGGAACAUGCACCUGAAAGAAAUCAGAGGCAGAGGUGCACGGCUGUGCAGUGGAACACAUCUGACUGCUAGGAAUAUGCAUGUUGGCUAUCACAAAUGCCUGAGGCACCCAGCACUGCUGUCUGGACACAGCAUUGCAUUCUCUGAGUGUGAGGUCUAUGUCCUGUAUAUUUUGACAGUGCUUGCUAGAAAAGGACUUUCCCUGCUAGAUUAAAAUCGACAGAAUGGGGGGAAGAAAAUCAAUAGCAGCGAAAGGGAAGAGAGUCCAGCCUGGGAGAGUGCAACUCCAGGAAAGUUAUGCAAAGGAGUUGUAGAGCUCCGUAUAUUUUUACUAAGCAUUAUUUUGCAUUGUAACCUGGGAAAUUCUCACACCAAACUAAGAAUGAGUGAACCUUGUAAAAUCUGAAAUCUGAUGUAAUUCUCAAAAUUGGAUUUUCUUGUUUGGUAAGGUGAUCUUAAGUGGGUGAUUCUUCUUUGACCUUGCUGACCAGCUUGAGUGGAUUUAUUCCUAAAUUACAUCAAUUGUAGUAGAUGAGGACCAGACCACAAUGUUCAACUUUUCAUUUAAAUUCUUUGCUUUUUCUUUGGAUGCUUUGGGUUUUGGUUUGUUUUUUGUUUUUUCCCCCCAUACUUUUCAGUUACACUUCUGAUUUCCUUUAAACACAUAUUCCAUUCCCCCCUCCACCUCCUUAUGUAAUGUUUGUGUCAAGUUAAAUUUUCAACACAGUUUUAAAAGUGGCUUGAAAAUUAAACAAAAAAAGCCCCAUUUCCUGUGCACAGAUGAGUGUGGCAUGUCACUGAGUGAAUGAAAGACACUCUUUUUGAGAAGGACUGCUGUGGUAUAAAUAAGAAAGUAAACUUUCUAGGUGGAUCUCAGGCUAAAAAUGUUAAUUUACUAUCCAUUUGUUCACUUUAAACUGUGGCAUAGAUAGGUGCUUUUCUUACCAAAUUGCAGUAUGCAAGCAGGCAACAUUAUUAAAGAGUUGAAUAGUUAAACCUGAUAGAAAUCCUAAUCAUAAACAUUAUUUUCACUAGAACAGAUAGAAAACAAAUUGCCAAUAAAUAAAAGAAAUGUUUGUACAGAACUGUCUGGCUUGGCAAAUGGUUAGUGUUUCUGUGCAGGUGACAAGUGAGAAUCAAGGGCCAAAUUCUCAGCUAUGCUCUGGCUGUGCCUUUAAAGGGUCUGGAGUAAUCCUUAGCUUCAGCUGACUGGAUAGGAGAUUGGCGGCCUAUUGUCAAAGUCUUGUGCUGCAAGGCAGAUCAGGUGAGUGUUCAGUGGUUCUGUGCCCAGAGAAUGACCAAGGGACUUCUGGAGACCACAAGCUGCUGGCAACAAAAGGGAGGCAUAAGACUGCCCUAGACUAUGCUGGGACAAGAGUCAGGGUAAAAAGCCCCAUAAUGGUAAAACUAUGACUGUGCCUCUGUCUCUCCAAGCCUUUUAGCCAGCUCAUGGCUGAGAAUCCGACCUUUAACUUGUGGGACCUGGGAGAUACCUGGCAAGAGAUACUGCAGUGUGCAGUAUGGAUCCCAGAUGGUUCUUUCAUGUGUAAUAAUGAACUGUAGAUGAUAGAAUGCAGUGGAAAUGUCUUAUGUAACUUUAUUAUAAUGGAGUGAUAUAA